UGAUGAAAAAUUUGAUUUAAAUUUAUUUGAAAAGCUUGCCAGAUACAGUAUUUUAUCAAACAUACAAAAUUCUCAGAAUUUUUUUAAAAGUCUAAUUAUAAACUUUGGUCUUUCGGUGCUAUUUUAAGAUAAUUAAAGAAAAAACAGCCCCUCGAAGUGAGCUUAUUCAAAUUUUUCCGAGUUUUCUAAUACAGAUUCGAAAGAACUUUGAACCCCUGGCCUUGUUCAUCUCCAUUUUUACAAUCAGUUUCAGUUUUACACUAACUGCACCCUUUGUCUUCAUCACUGAAGCGAUAACAAUCACUUUUCUCGUAUCACGAGAUUAUCAACAUGAUUUUAUCAUUUAACUUUAUUUUGAGAAUUACUAUUACUACUAAUCUGUUUUUAUUAGUAAUAUCGAAUUCGAAAACGAAAUUACCAUCUUCAAAAAACAAUAGAAUUAUUGAAGCGAUCGCGAAUUUUUGUACAAGCUUCAAUGGCUAUGAUAGUGGUUUUUGUGGGGAUUAUGCAAAACUUAGAAAAGAGCGAGCCAGUUCAAAUGCAACUGUUACUUCACCAGAAGACAUAUUAAAUAAGACGGCGUCGGCGGAAAAACCUGGCCCAGUAAUACCAGGGCCGGGUGAAAUUUUAUUCAAAGAAGGAAAUGAAACUACACUGUUGAAUCCCAAGGAUAUGACAGAGCCGGAUGAGGAAAUUGAUGGGCUAACCCAACAGCAAAUUCAAGACGAGCUUCGGAAAAUAAUCCAAGAGGAGCUUGCAAAGAAAACAAUUCAGAAGACAUCCCCCGACGACCCGGCGUGCAGUAAUUUGCGCGACGAAUAUGAUGAAGUUUGCUUCUCCACUCCACCACUAGCUGCUUUUCAAGAAACUAGAGAAUUCUGUCUGGCUUUUGUGAAAAAUUGCCAAAACUCUCUGUUAACCAAUGUUUUCACAAAUGUAAAAAAUUUCAAAAUCGACUUUUCAAUUUAUUGCAAGAAACAUCGUGAACGUUUUCGAUACGUGUGCCCAGAUCCCUUGAGAUUUCAAAGUUUUGCGGAAAAUGCAGUAGACUUUUGUGUACGCUACCAAGAGAGAUGUCCAAAUGAACCACUACCAGCAGAGCCAAUACAAUUUCAUCGAAAAGACGAAGGCCAUAUUUACACAAGGGAAAUUGAAUUUUGGUGUACUCGGACUAAACGAACUGCUUAUAAUUAUUGCACUGAGCCCGACCUGCUGAGAGUUUAUAAGUAUGCAAUGUUUUGUGGAAUGUACAAAUAUGCAUGUAUUGAUGUUUAUAAGAGAGUUAUUUAUGGAUAAACUGAUUUUUUUGUGAAUAUUUGGACACUAAUAAAAUAUUCUUUAAUUUCGAAAUAUUA